AUGCAAGAAGCUGGUAGAGGUGGAAGGGAUGGUCUCGAAGCUCAUUGUGUAGUGUACUACACACGCCAGCAGUUGUCACAGUGCAGCAAGGAUGUGAAAAUGGUAGUAAACAGUGAGGGCUGCCAGAGAAAGGAACUGUAUGGUUACUUCAGUGACUCUGAUGUUUCUGUUGAGCCAGGCCACAAGUGUUGUUCGAAUUGCAGAAAAGACUGUAAAUGUGGAGGAGACAAAUGUGAAGACCAACAGCCAUUCCUUGCAGCAGAUGGUGAAACUCCCUCCCCAGCAGACCCAGUGCGAGAACUUAGCGAAACUGAUUUAUUGGAUUUAAGACUUUCAUUAGAAGAGCUCCAGCAGCAGUAUUCUGCAUGCGGCCCAUCAUUAUUUCAUGCAGAGUCAACCCAUGGUUUCAGUGAUCAGCUAAUUGGCAACAUCUUGAAACAUGCACCAAAUAUUAGCUCAGCUGAGUACAUGAGCCAGCAUUUAUCAAUGUUCUCUAGUAAGCAUAUCAUGGAUGUCCUAGAAGUUUUCCAGGAACUGUUUGAGGAUGUAAACAAUUACGAUGAACAAAUGGAACAACUGAAUUUAAUACAUCAUGAGGUUUGCCAGGCAGAGGAUUAUUUCCUUAUGUCAACAACUUCUCAGGGUCUGUCAGAAAUGGAUGAAUUAAUGGAAGAUACAUUUGAAGAUUACCAUCAACUUCAAGAAUUUGAAUUGGUAUUUUGA